AUGUCCGUGUCCAGCUUCAGUGUUAAUCUAGAAGAGGAGCGUGAUCCGCCUCCGCCGCCAACAAAAGUCCAGUUUCCAGACUAUGCCAAACUAAAUUCAGUCAGGUCUGACGGCGAAACGAGCUGUGAUGUUCUUUAUCGCUUGUUAGCUCGUGCCAGAAAACCGCAAGAUAUCACGGAUGAAUAUCUGACGACAUUCAAUAUCAAGGUGGAAUAUGAUAUUGAUGUCUCAAACAUCGUAUCAAAUCAUGAUCUCAAAUCAAAACCCCCAUACCAAUGGCCAACGCUUGGCUCUGGGAAUGGAGAGGCGGGAAUCGAUACUCCCAUGUUUAUGAGCAACGGGGCUCCGUUUCCUGACAAAAGUAAACAUGAACUCUUAAAGGGAGAGCUACUAUUUGACAAUGAUGAUGCAUUUCGAUCCCUUGCGCGGCUUGAGCCACCUCCGGGGCGUAAGAAUCCGCGAAUUGCCCAGGCGAGGAAAUUUUGGACUGCUUUACAGCAAGCUGCUCAGUAUUGGGAUUCAAGCCAUGAUAAUUACUACGAGGUGAGCAUGGAAGAUACCACUACGUCCAACGGCCAUGGGGACAGUUCGGCUCCAGGUAAAGGUACAGAUAAAGGUGCAUUGGAGAGCAGAAUGGAUAUCGAUGGCGGAAAAUGCCAUAGUCAACCAUCAGCCACAAUACCCAAAGUAAAUGCUAGGAGCCCCAGUGGUAGCAGACGCUACAAAGGUCGGAGAAUUGGCGCGGGGACAGAUAUGCCUGAUUCAGUCCGAGAAGACGUUUUACGUGGACUGGUGGAAAUGGUAGCAUGGUCCCUCGGCUGCCAGGUUAAGCUACCAACAAUGCCGCCUCGUCUUGCUGUCAAAGAUCUCCUAUUUCCUGUGCGGCAGAGUUUCACCGUCUCACGCAUCCCACAGGAUAGGCAGGAAGCACGCAAACACAUCCUGGAAGGGCCUGUACUAGUUGCCCAGUGCCGGCCGGAAACACAUUUCUACGACGAAGCUACUGGACAGAGACAUGUCGAGAAAUGUGAUAUCUUGCGGGAAACAGCAGGGAUGCUGCUACUAGCCCAGGAAAGAGCGCGAGAAAAUCAGGCCGAAGCCAAACCCGGAGAUGGAAAAUGGUGGGCGUCUACGCCUCGCUGGGGAGGCAUCCCGAAUAACGGCCCAGUUGGUGAACCAAUUCCAACUGCUCCAGAGCAGCAGCACCAGGCUGAACCUGCUCUGACAAAUUCAUCAGCGGAUAAUGAGACCACAGUGAACAAGCGGACAAAACACGACAGGUCAUCUCUUUCAUUUCGGCGAGGAGUAGGGCUAAACAAUAGGAGAGUCUCGAUGAUAGAGAAAUGGAAAAGCGUCCAGCCCGGUCCAGGAUUGUGGGAUAAGAGAAUGAAAUAUGUAAAAAUCGGAUCUAACUCGAACUGUCCGUUUGAUGAUGUCUUUAUGAUAUCGUCGAUUAACCACCAUUUCUCCAUCAUUCAUCUCAGAGUCUACGACGAGUACCUUCAAUGGCUCGCUAUGGGAAAGGUAGACACUGCCGGUUCAGACGGUGGCCCGGCGUCACCAUGGCGAUCCCUAGUCCUUCGUCGAACGCGCUGGUUCGACUUUUUCAAUCCCGUGGAUCGUUCGGAAGGGUUUGAUGGGCUCUGGGCUAUCCUUACGCAUAUGAUGAGAUGA